AUGGCGCAAUCUCUCCAGACGCCGUUCCUCACGCCUCUUGCUGAGCCGCGCCAUACUCCGCGCAUGCUGCGCGCACGCCUGUGUCAAGAGCAAGUGCAUUCGUUCCCGCAGAUUGGUUCCGCCUUUUCAGCUAGACGAUCGCCUGUUGGCCACGUGGGUGCUCUCCGUGCCGCGUCAAAUCCCGCGAGCCCAGGAGUCAGCGUCGCGGGUCACAGACGCUCGUUUUCCGGCAGUGUGAACGCGCCGAGCCCCCAUCGCUCCCCUUUGGGAACUUUCUCCGUUUCUUCUCAUGCAGCAGCUUCGGGAAAUGCCAUUACAGCAUCUGACGUGGCAGCUGAUGUCAGCGGUAUUUGCAAGCCGGAGUUCGCUGCUGAGCUGGCAGCAGCAGUGGAUGUGGUAGAGAGGGCAUGCCACGUGUGCCUCGCUGUGAGGGAGCAGAUGGGAGCGGAGGAGCAGGGGGGGUACAGCAGCGGCAGUGAGAGCGAGGGCGGCAGCAGCAGGGUGGACAAGAAGGACCGCUCGCCCGUCACUGUUGCUGACUUCGCCGUGCAGGCGCUCGCUGCUCUCGAGCUGGCCCACCAGUUCCCCGGCGUGCCCCUGCUGGGCGAGGAGGACGCUUCUCUGCUGCGCGCCCACCUCGCUGCCCCCCCUGCCCCCUCGCCUUCGCCACCAGCAGCACAGGCAGGUGCUGGCGCUGCUGUGGGUUCAGCCACUGCAGCAGCAGCAGCUGGUGCAGCUAGUAGCGUAGCAGCCAGGGCAGCAGGGGGCGGGGAGCAGGGGCCAUCCCUGGCGGAGAGGGUCACGGAUCUCGUUUUCCGCUUCGCCUCGCCACACGCCCUGGCCCUGGCAGGAGCAGAGGCAGGUGCUGUGGAGGGGAGGGAGGGGCGGGCGGCAGCAGUGGAGGCGGUGCUGGCAGCCAUUGAUGCCACCGCUGGUGCCACCCACGACGUGCAUGCUGCCGCUGGUGCUGCCCCCAGACACCAACGAUACUGGGUGCUGGACCCCGUUGAUGGCACGCGGGGUUUUCUCAGGGGCAACCACAGCCAGUACGCGGUGGGCUUGGCGCUUAUCGAGGAUGGAGAGCUCGUCCUCUCAGCCCUUGGCCUCCCCAACAUGCCCCUGCCACGUGGCACCUCAUCACCCACUCAAUCGAACCAUGCUGCUGCCGUUGCGGGGUAUGCGGGAGCUGGUGAGGGUGAUGUGGAGGGCGAUUCAGAAGAUGACAUGUGGCAGAGGCCACGUGGAUUGGUCCUAGCAGCUACCAAGGGAGGAGGGGCAUGGAUGCGGCGAUUACAUACAAGCAGCAUGCACAGCAGCACCCCAAGCAGCAGGAGCAGCGCGAGAGGGGAUGCAGAGUGGGCGUAUGAGCGGGUCCACGUGGACGUGGGGGUGCGCAACAUGCUGGCAGCCGCCACCACCCACCAGCACAGCGCCGACCAGACUCACCCGCUCCCCGGCACCCCCUGGGAUGCCACCCCCUGGAAUGCCAGUGCAUGGGAUGAGAGCAGCAGCCGCCAUGCCACCCAUGGUCCCACCAGCCACAGCCACAGCAGCAUCAGCACUGCCGCCGCUCCACACGCCUCGCAUGUCACCGUGCUGCCGCUCUGCUGUGGCAGUCUGUGCAAGUAUGCGGCAUUGGCGCUGGGCUAUGCGGCGGUGUUCAUCCAGCACCCACUGCCAGGCAGCCCGCACCUCAAGGUGUGGGACCACGCUGCUGGCGUGCUCUGCGUCACCGAGGCAGGCGGACAGGUAACCGACUUUGCAGGGCAAUCGCUUGAACUCGGUGGGGAGGUGGGGCAGGAUGAUCAGGAAGCGGGACGAGCGGCAACAGCACAUGCACACGAAGGAGGAGGCAAAGAUGGAAGCAGCGGCAUCGAUGGCGGUUUGGCGUAUUUCAGUCCGCAUGGAGGGGGAGUGGUGGCCACCAAUGGUGUGCUGCAUGCCCAAGUGCUGCACCACCUUGCUACAGGCAUGCGCAUGCGACGAGGGUAG